AUGUUUGGCCCCGCGCAAGCAAGACUUUAUGCAAAAUUCAGCCUUGUAUUUGCGCAAAAUGGGCGUUGGAAUGAUGCUGAGACGCUUCAGUUGAUAGUCAAAAAGUAUACCGACAGCGUUUUAGGACUAGAUCACGCAGUUAGUCGGCGUAUAACUCUGGCAUUGGCAAUUACCUACUACAGUCAAGGCCGAGGUGACGAAGCGGGAGACCUACAAGACACCGUUUUGCAGGCAUGCAUGGCAUCUUUAGGGCCCAAUAGUGGCGAAACCCUGACGACUAUGGAUCUCUUUGGGCAAACCAGAUGGCAACAAGGAAGAUAUAGUGAAGCUAGGAUGCUACAGCAGCAUGCAGUCGAUGGCCUUAUCAAGCUGAGAGGCCCAAUGCAUGAGGAUACCCUUAGCGCUAUGGGUAACCUGGGUAAGACGGUGGCGAAAUUCUUGGACGAUGAAAGCCUGGAGGAAGCCGGGCGCCUGUUAAAAUCCGCUUUUGAUGGGAUGAGCGAGGUACUCGGCCCAACACACCUGAAGACACUGGCCGUAAAGGAGGAUCUGGCUGCACUUGCUCUGCAGUUGGAAGAGCAAUUACCUUUGGCGGAGAAGAUGGAGCAGGAAGUCCUUGAUUGCCGCAAGGUGAAAUUGGGUAAAGAAAAUCCAUAUACACUACUCACGAUGGCACUAUUGGCCAGAAUCAAAACUGCAAUGGGUCAGCAUGAUGAUGCAGAAGCACUUAUCUGCAGUGCCCUGGAGAUUGCAGAUCGUAAUCUUGCGGAAGCCCACAUCGGAACCUUGAUGGGAAGGACGGUGCUUGGAAUAAUAUUGAUAAAUCCACGGAGAUUGAAAGAGGCCGAAAUAGUACGUUCCAUUGUGAUUGAAAAACAGCGUAAUCUGUCACAACAUGGAGGUGAAUUUCAUCCAGACAGACUGGGCGCUAUGAUUGAGCUUGCUAGAUGUUAUAGGUUGCAAAAAAAGUUUGAUGAAAGCAUACGGCUUUGCGAUGAAACUAUCGAGGGACUUCGGACUAUAAGUUUGAAGCAGCAUCCUCUUGAAAGAAAGAUGCAGGUACAGAAGGUCGAGUUACUUGAGCUGAAGCGCGAGGCCGAAGAGAGGAACAAUGCAAAUCAGACCGGAGAUGUAGGAUAA